CAGGAAGUGAUAGAGAGAGUGACUCUGAGCGACGCCUUAAGUAACGUCGAUGUCUUGGAUGAGUUGGAACUGCCCGACAGUCAGCCCUGUAUUGCCGGCGAGAACUGGUCGGUCGUAUAUCACGUGAACUUUGACACCAACUUCGAGGACAGGAAUGCGUUUGUGUGUGGAGUCGCCAAAUACAUAGAGGAGGCGACCGUUCAGUGCCAUCUCAACGUCAUGUUAGACGAGGGUGAAUCUCACGCCGUAAUGCUGUAUACGUGGAGGUGUUGUUCCCGAGCCAUACCUCAGCCAAAGUCUAACGAACAGCCAAACCGAGUGGAGAUCUACGAGAAGACAGUGGAGGUGUUGGGCCCCGAAGUGGACAAACUGUUGGCUUUCAUGUACUUCCAGCGCAACGCCAUCGACAGGUUCUGCAGCGAAGUGCGCCGUCUGUGCCACACAUCCAACGCCGGACUGUCGGCCGACGGCUCCCAGAAGAAGACAAACGCCACGUUUGUCUCCGAAGCAUAUCUCCUGACAUUAGGCAAAUUCAUAAACAUGUUCGCCGUCUUGGAUGAGCUCAAGAACAUGAAGUCUUCCGUGAAGAACGAUUACGCCACGUAUCGAAGGGCCGCGCAGUUCCUGAAGGUGUUGUCCGACUCGCAGAGUCUUCAGGAGUCGCAGAACCUGUCGAUGUUUCUGGCGAUGCAGAACAAGAUCAGGGAUUCGCUGAAGGAGUCGCUCGAGAAGAUCAAUGGCUACGAGGAGUUGUUCUGCGAUAUCGUCAGUCUCUUCACCACUAUGUAUGAGAACAAGUUAUAUGUGUUGCCACAGGAGAAGCAUAUGUUAGUCAAAGUGAUCGGAUUCGCGCUGUUCCUCAUGGACAGCAAGUCGUGUAAUAUCAACAAAUUGGACGCCAAGAAGCGGAUCAGUUUGGCGCGAAUUGACCGCAUAUUCAAGUCACUGGAAAUGGUGCCACUGUUUGGUGACAUGCAAAUCGCGCCCUUCCAGACGUACAUCAAGAAGUCACCCCAUUAUGAUCCCACCAAAUGGCCGAUGAGUGCCAACACGACCACCAAUUCCCCGCAGGCAGACAUCCUGCAGUACGUGCCCGCCAUCCGCGACGAGUACGUGUCCUUCAUAUCAGAGCUGUCCCGGCAUUCAAACGAAGUGACGACUACUAUAAAGGAAACGCCGAGAACUGACGCCGAGAACAAACAGUUACUACAACUCGCGCUCAAAGGUAUUCAACUGUUGGCCGAUUGGACGACACACGUGACUGAGCUCUACUCGUGGAAACUGAUGCACCCGACGGAUCACCACCAGAACAAACAGUGUCCGAUGGAAGCCGAGGAGUACGAGAGGGCCACCCGUUAUAACUAUAACGACGAGGAGAAGACGGCGCUCAUCGAAAUCAUAGCUAUGGUUAAGGGAUUACAAGUGCUUAUGAACCGAAUGGAAACAGUAUUCACAGAUGCCAUCAGACGAGCCAUUUAUGCGGAACUCCAAGACUUCGUACAAAUCACGUUAAGGGAACCGCUGCGGAAAGCCGUCAAAAAUAAGAAAGACGUCGUGCGCACUAUGAUAUCGUCGGUCAGGGAUACGUGCGCUGACUAUAUGAAGGGCUUUGAGGACCCGCUCUCUAAAAGUUCAAAGUCGACGCUAUCGUCAGCGUCGGACGUGGAGGUAAAGGUGCCGCGAAGGAAUGUGGGCCCCUCCUCCACACAGCUAUAUAUGGUUCGGACACAAUUGGAAUCAUUAAUCAGUGAUAAAGCACUGUCUGGUCGACGAACACUUCGCAAAGACAUUGACGGCCAUUACUUACUGGCCAUCGAUCAGUUCCAUAAGAACUCAUUCUAUUGGACAUAUCUAUUGAACUUCAGCCAAACACUGCGCGAAUGCUGUGACUUAUCUCAGCUGUGGUACCGGGAGUUCUAUCUGGAGAUGACAAUGGGAAAGAGAAUUCAGUUCCCAAUUGAGAUGUCGUUGCCAUGGAUUCUAACGGAUCAGAUUCUUAAGACAAAGGAUCCCUCGCUGAUGGAACAAACCAUUAGAGCGCCGGAACCGCUCAAACAAGCGGUGACAACACCGCUGAACGCGUGUCACGGCAUGUGUUCCAACUCAUCCAAGACAUCGACGUUACUUAAGGCGUCGCUCAGAGUCACUCUCUCUAUCACUUCCUGUUGUGCAGACAUUUUGGUUGGUCUGGUGGCGAACGACAGACCACCCGUUGCUAUGAUGUCAUCAACGAAACACAACUUUCAAUGUUUUGAUCCCGAAGUGAUGUCCAGCGAGCAGUCCUACGACGACGUGUCGCACCCUUUUCCGCCCAAAUCCGGUCAACACAUGAAUGGCUACACUCUGGAAGAGCUGCUGAAGUCGUCGCACAACUGCUGGGUCUUCGUGUGUCACCUCACGAGUGACACAUCGCAGCGGUUUGUGACGAAGAUUGCUGUGAAGACGGAGUACAAGAAGUUGUUAAAUGAGAUCCACUGCUACAAAGUGCUGGACGGAGGGAAAGGCAUUCCUCGACUUCAUUAUCACAAACAAUGGUCAGUGGAGUCGGAUGUGGGGGAGUAUACAGAAGUGGCGAUGAUUGUGAUCGACCAGUUGGACAAUGUCUUCAAUAAGACAUCCAAAGUGAAGGCAAAGUGUACUCUACCGGCGGAACAACUCAUUCUUAUGGCUGUGCAACAGAUAUCACUGUUGGAGUACAUCCACAGCAAAGGACUAACCCAUAGAGGGGUUAAACCCGACAACUUCGUGCUGUCUGAGGACAGGACCACUGUAUAUAUCAUUGAUUUCAAUAAAUCCAGACCUUAUUUGGACUCUAAUGGCAAUCAUAAGCCGUACCGCAGAGUCGAGUCCAAGAGACCCAGAGGUCUACCGUUCUUCCAUUCAGUCAAUUACCACAAUGGCGUCCGACGCUCAAGACGUGAUGAUAUGGAGUCACUGCUCUACUGUUGGGUCUAUUUAUUCCACGGAACCCUUCCAUGGAGUGAUGUCAAGAGGUAUGAAAAUCAAUUCAAGACUUAUGUGAAGAAUAUUGGGAAACGAGUCAAUGAGACGUCCUAUGAGCAGAUUUGUGCCGAGUUGGACCGAAAGUAUAAUCCAAACACGAAAUUAAGAAAAUUAAAAGAAACUGAUCCCGACUUGGAGCAGGAUCUCAAAGGAAAGGUAUGUAUAAUAACGGGCGGAAGUCGUGGCAUCGGUGCCGAAGUGGUCAAAGUGUUGCUGAAAAAGGACUGUCAUGUCAUCACUGGCUCGUCGUCCAAAAGCGAGUCCGAGCGCCAGAAACGACACGAUCUACUGGUGGCUGACAUACCCNUCUCAAAGGAAAGCGAGUCCGAGCGCCAGAAACGACACGAUCUACUGGUGGCUGACAUACCCUCUGACAAAGGAAAGCUCGAUAUCUGGCACCUGGAUCUCAAUUCUCUGGAUUCUGUGACCCAUUUCGCAAAACGAUUUAAAGAGACAGGACUUGCACUCAACUAUUUUAUAGCCAACGCCGGGGUUAUGUUGGAGUCAAACCAGCGGAGAUCGCUUACGGAUGACUUGGAGGAGCAUUUGGUCGUCAACUACUUGAGCCACUGUUUGCUUAUCGACCAUUUCUUGGACAAUAUGCGCGAAUCGGGAAAACAGUCUAAACACGAAUCGCGUAUAGUAUUGGUGUCAUCCAUAGCUCAUAGGAUGGCAAACAUUAGAUUGAAAGACAUAAAUCUGAAGAGUAAAUUAUUGCCGCCAUACUUUGCUUACGGACGGUCCAAAUUGGCUCUAAUCAUGUUUGCUAACCGUAUGGCCCGUUGGUUUAUGUGA